GCUAGAGACUAGAGAGAACUAAACACAGCCUGUAUAAAAUCGAGGGGUGCCCGCUGGGCCGCUGCAGAUUGCCGCUCUCGGCACCUCGCCGACUCCCUCCCGCUUCAGUUCCUGCCUAUCGGCGUCCGGUUUCUCUGCUCCGGGGCAGGAAAGCGAGGCGGGCGGGGCUCAUGGCGUCCAACUACGUGGACACGGCGGCGGAGGAGGGCAGGUUCCACGGCCACCACCACAGCACCACGCCCACCGGCGCGGCCGCGGCGUCGCCGAAGCACAUGCGGAGGAGCUGGUCGUCCGCGUCCUCCGCCCACGGCCACACCCACGGCCACGGCGCCGCGCCCAAGUGCGUCUGCGCGCCGGCCACGCACGCGGGGUCGUUCAAGUGCCGCCUCCACCGCGCCAGCUCCCAUGGCCACCCGGCGUCCCCUCCCUCCCCGGCCGCCGCCGCUACCACCUCCGCCGCGCCGCCGUCGUCCUCCCGCACCGUCGCGGCGCAGUGACGGCGCCCACCCGUCUCCCUGGAGUCCGGCACCAAGAACCGCCCGCCCGGCAGCAAGAAGAGGGAAGAGAACAAAGGGGAAAGAACGUUGCCUCUCUGUUCUGUGACGCAUGAAAGGGAGCUUUAUUUGUUCCUCCCUUCGUCUUGAUGCCAUUGGCAAAGGUUCCCAUUUCCUUUUCUGAUUUUCGCCUCGUCUUCUUGCCGGGAUGGAUUCCAUCUCCCUCGACUGGCAUCCCCCCCCCCCCCCCCCCCCCCCGCUCGUAUGUGUGAUGGCGUUCUCGUGUGUAAUUACGAUUUCAGUAACAUCCAUGCUGCUUGCAACAACUGUGUGAUCUUGGUGGGUCUGCUGGUUAUUCUUUUAACAGUCAGUCUGGGAGAUCUUGGAAGCGCACAUCGAUGACUACUGUUGCGACAAAUGGGCCUAUCAAGGACAAGUAUGAUUAGGAAACAGAAUUAGUGAACUGAUACCCUUGAUUUUUUUUUGGAUGGUGGAAGGUAUCAAUCACAUUAGUUUAGCGCCCAAA